AUAUCAUCGGUUUUUCCUACCGCCGCAUGAUGUUUUUAUGUCGUGCCAGGUCAAAGGUCAAAUAAUCGUAUCAUGCGGUAAACAACGCAUGUCCCUUUCUUUUUUUUAAACGUAAACGGAUUUCGAUAGAGAGAGGAGGGAAAUAAAAUUGCUCAACAAUUGAAAAUGUCACCACGUGCUGGAUUAGAUGAGAAAAUGUCCUCGUUGGAGGCAGAAACAGUGCCAGUAGACAGCCUCGGUCUCGCUCCGAUCGUAGCAGAGCAACCGGAACAGGAAGUGAAGCGUCCGCCAUUACAGAUAGUUUGGAGAAAUGUUGUUUUAAUGGUAGCCCUUCAUAUUUCAGCAAUAUAUGGACUAUAUCUGCUUCCUCAGGCAAAACUGAAAACCUUAGUUUGGACAUUGGUUUUGUACUGGUUAAGUGGAAUAGGAAUUACAGCAGGUGCCCACAGACUCUGGUCACAUAGGUCAUACAAGGCAAAGCUACCUCUCAGGAUUUUACUUGCCCUGCUUAACUCACUAGCAUUCCAGAAUGACGUCAUUGAAUGGGCACGAGAUCACAGAGUUCAUCAUAAAUAUUCAGAAACUGACGCAGAUCCGCACAAUGCAAAGCGUGGUUUCUUCUUUGCUCACAUAGGCUGGUUGAUGGUGAGGAAACACUCGGAUGUGAAAAAGAAGGGGCAACAACUCGAUAUUUCUGAUCUUCUGGACGAUCCUGUACUCCGCUUUCAACGAAAGUUUUAUCUUCCUUCUGUAGUUUUGUUCUGUUUUGUUGUGCCGACUGUAGUUCCGGUGUAUUUCUGGGGAGAGGAUAUUAUAACAGCUUAUAUUAUAUGUGCCUUGUUUAGAUAUUGUGCUAUAUUAAACGCCACGUGGCUUGUCAAUAGUUUAGCUCAUUUAUGGGGUAUGAAACCAUACGAUAUCCGUAUAAACCCCUCUGAAAACAGUUUAGUGGCAACCGUUGCCAUGGGCGAGGGAUUUCAUAACUACCAUCAUACAUUUCCACAAGAUUAUUCCACUGCCGAAUUCAAGUGGUUCCUUAACUUUUCUACACUUUUCAUUGACAUUUUUGCAUUUUUUGGACUUGCCUACGACAGAAAGUCAAUGCCAAAAUCUGUUGUAGAAAAGCGCAGACAACGGACUGGAGAUAAAAGUGAAAUGGCAUUACGAAAGAAAGAGUGAUAUACUUUCUGGAUUGUUGUGUAUUAUGACGUCAUGAUUUCAUAUGUAUUAUAGGUGGCAUUAAAUUAUACAAUGUAACAGUUAUAUUGCGUUGUGAGGAUUAUGAUAGUUCUCCUUUAUAUUACACAUUAGUAGGGGAGUUUUACAUAGAUUCUAACUGGUAUUUGAUUGCGAAAUGAGAACAGUAAAUUACUUGCAAUUAUGCAUUAUGAGUUUAUUCUCUAGUAUUGUUGAUCUCGUUGUUUUAUGUGUUAUAUUUUGUUUCCACAUCUGUGCUAUAAGUAAAGUUAUUACAUAUUGUUUAUAAUUGUACACUCCAAAUUACUUUGUUUGUUCAUUGAAAAUAAAGAAAGUUUAGCAGUUGAA